UAAAAUAAAAUUUGUGAUCGAAGAAGAAAGAGAGAGUAAUCAAUCUGUUGAUUGAAAUAUGCAGACGGGAAGAAACGCAGCAGCAUCAGCCAAAGAAGCUGCUUCAAAUGUUGCAGCUUCUGCCAAGUCCGGCCUUGACAAAACCAAAGCCACUAUGCAAGAAAAGGGUGAGAAGAUGACGGCACAUGAUCCAAUCGAGAAGGAUAUGGCAACACAGAGGAAAGAAGAGAAGAAACAUGAAGCUGAGAUGAACAAACAGAUGACACAUGAGCAAAAUGAAGCAUCUAAACAAGAGCGACGACAGACUGGUGCUCACACUGGCGGUGUUGCUGGUGGUCAUGAUUUUCGUUCGACUGAACUAGGGAGUGGCGGAGGAUACUAAUUAAGCAAAAGAGAGUAGUAAGAGUCUGUAGUUGAAGGUUAAUUUAGUGUGUCGUUUAAAGUGGUAAAUGUUAGUAAGGUGUAUUUGUGGUAAUUGUUUAUUGUAGGAGUCUGCGUCGUGUUCUUGUAUUGUUGUUAAUGUGUUUGAAUUUAAAAGUUUAAUAAGACUGGUUAUUUACUAGAUCUUUCUUCA